UCUCGGCAGAGUGGUCCAUCCUGUCACUAGAGGAUCUGUGCAGCCCGGGACUCGGAGCUCCAGCAGGUCUGCGGAGGAUCGGGAUGCUCUUCACGUCUUCCUCCUCUCCUCCACCGACUCAGACCGUAACCUCCGGAGCCGCCGCUGUCUCCCGAUCCGGACCCGGCUAACACCCGGUCCCGCUCUCCUGUUCAGAACCGGAUCCUUUUAUAACCCGGGAUAAAAACGCUGCGUUAUGUGAGGGGGGGGGCGCUGCAUGGGCACGAGGCGGGGGUGUUUAUGUUCUGUGGGGUUUUUUUGGACACCGCGGGCGUGCGUUUGUUUAGGAAAUAGCCUACUACAAAAUAAAAGCGGAAUACUUUGGAUUUAAAGGCUUUAGACACAAAAACCCGACAUGAGGAUUCAUUGAGACGCUGACUGAACGUUUGGAGAGGCUGCACGCUCCGGCAGCACGCGCCUGCACAGCUCUGAUAUCUUUUGGACAUUCCUGUCAGUAUUUACCUGUGUGUGUGUCCGCUCACCUGUGAGGACACAUGUCUCAGAUGCACCACGCGGCUCUGGACCAGCACCAACAGCAUCAUCCGGGCCAGUACAACCAGAUCUGCACCGCGCACAGCAGCGGUGGCGGCGGCUCGUGCGCGGGGACAGAGCCGUGCCGCCCCGGCCAGAGGAGCCGGACCCCCCGCAGGAAGUGGCAGAUGUUCCCGGGGAGGAACCGGUUCUACUGCGACGGGAGGAUCAUGAUGGCGAGACAGACCGGGGUGUUCUACCUGACCCUGGUCCUCAUCCUGCUCACCUGCGGCCUCUUCUUCGCCUUCGACUGUCCCUUCCUGGCGUCCAACCUGUCCCCGGCCAUCCCGGCGGUAGGCGGCGUCCUCUUUGUCUUUGUGAUGGGGAUGCUGUUCCGGGCCAGCUUCACCGACCCCGGCGUCCUGCCCCGCGCCACGCCGGACGAGGCCGCCGACCUGGAGAGGCAAAUCGAGUCGUCCGGCUGCUCCCGGCCGCCGCCGCGCACCCGAGAGGUCGUGAUCAACGGGCAGACGGUCAAACUGAAAUACUGCUUCACCUGCAAGAUCUUCCGGCCGCCGCGGGCGUCACACUGCAGCCUCUGCGACAACUGUGUCGAGCGCUUCGACCAUCACUGCCCCUGGGUGGGUAACUGCGUCGGCCGGAGGAACUACCGCUUCUUCUACCUGUUCAUCGUCUCGCUGUCCUUCCUCACCGUCUUCAUCUUCGCCUUUGUCAUCACACACCUCAUUAUCAGAUCCAACCGGACGGGUUUCCUGAGCGCGCUCAAAGACAGUCCGGCCAGCGUCCUGGAGCUGGCGGUGUGUUUCUUCUCCGUCUGGUCCAUCGUGGGUCUGUCGGGGUUCCACACCUACCUCAUCAGCUCCAACCAGACCACCAACGAGGACAUUAAAGGCUCCUGGUCCACCAAGCGAGGGAAGGAGAACUACAACCCGUACAGCUACGGAAACAUCCAGACCAACUGCUGCGCUGCUCUGUGUGGACCUGUGCCCCCCAGUUUGAUUGACAGGAGAGGUCUGAUCCAAUCAGACACACCGCAGACCGUCUCCCAGGGUAACGGGACGGCCAGCCACGCCUCCACCUGGCUCCACAGCCGCACGUGUGAUCAGGAUCAGUGCAUCCAGAGCACCAAGUCUGUCCUCCAAGCUGCAGCGACGCCGCUGCUCCACACCAACCCCGUCGUCCUAGCUCCUCUACCGGGGAAGCCCGUGUCCCUGGGGGGCCCCUGCGCCUACCUGGCCCCCUCCCAGCCCUCGCUGCCGUCCUGCGGAGGGGGGGGGGAUGUCCUGAGCCUGAGGGAUGCCUCUGCCGACUCCCACUGCCACCACCACCAUCACCACCAUCACCACCGCCACCACUUCAUGAGCCCGGAGGAGACGCCGUGCUCCACGCCCCAGGGUGCCCCGCCAUGCCCCGCCCACCUGCACUCACACGUCCCCUGCCCCCCUCCCGCCAGUCUGUACAGUCCUGCCAGUCGUGACGCUCUGCACGAAGACUCUGUCAGAGGGCUGGUUAAACUCAGCUCCGUCUGACCCAAAACCUCUCUGUAAUGUCACCCAUUCAUCCUGGACCCUAUUUUGGGGUGUGUGUUUGUGUGUGUGUGUGGUGUGUGUGUGUGGGUGUGGGUGUGUGGGUGUGGGUGUGGGUGUGGUGUGAGGGAACAACAAUCUCUGAAAUUGGUCCAGUAUUAAACAAAAAACAAGCUGUAUUGUGACCCUACAGGACAGAUGUUCAGCGUCAGGUAGAAACAGCCUCAAAAUCACCAAACCCACCAGACUCCAUGUAAAUAAUCACUACUUUUAGCGUCUAUAGAGCAGCAUAUCUUCACAUGUAAAUUUAUGAAUUAAGAGUUUAUUUCAACCAGACCAGAGUGGUGAUUGUUGGAACAGUGGAAAGAUGAACCAAGACGGCUUUUAGUAUUUUUAUUUAGUUUCUGUCCACCUUGAAUGAAGUGUGUUCUACAAUGAUAAAAGUAGUGAUUAUUUACAUGGAGUCUGGUGGGUUUGAUGGUGAUUUUAGACACAAAUGUAGACAUGGCGUCCAAAGAGUAAACAUAGAGACAAAGAAAUUGCAGAACAGUAAAGUGAGUAAGGACAUAAAAUCAGGGAUAUGUUUGUUUUUUGGGUCGAGCAGAAACUUUGACUUUUAAAUGUUCAGGAUUUUCUGUUUCACCUUUUCUGUUUGACCGUGAUCUGCUGGACCAAAAGCUAAACCUUCUCCUGUUUUCCUUCGACUUCUUCCUCCUUUUCCUGACUUGAAGUUUAAUUCUGUUUCCUGCCAAAAAAACAACAACAAAAAAACAUAAAACAUUUCACCCGGAAUAAGCUACUCGGACGUUUACCUUCAGCCGCAGUCGGGCCAGGACCAAAACAACUUUUAUUUUUUAUUUUAUUUUGAUCAAGGUUUCUCAGUGUUUAUGUGGAGCAAAGAGGAAAGAAUGUUCUCAGAAGAGCGAACUGACCCGACGUGAAUCUUCAGGUUAUCAUUUGAUUCUGCGGAGAAGAACUCACAACUGAGUUUGCCUUAUUUUAUUUUUGUAAUGUAGGUACGAUUCUUACAUCAGACAGGAUCCUCCCAGCACUGAUGCAUGAAGCUCUGAUACACUGACAGUAAGACCCCCCCCCCCCCCCCCCUUCCACUGUCGGAUCUUAUUUUGGGAAAAAUGAAUUGGGGGGGGGACCAAAAAUGUUGGAUCCUGUUUGAAUUGGGGUACUUUCUAUGAAAUCAUCUGUCAGUGCAUAUCAAACCAGCUACUAGGCUAACUGUAAUAAAACCAUGCCAAUCUCCAGGUAAGUUGAUGGGUAUGUGAUUGGGGGGGGGGGGGUAUUGUGAUUGAUUUCCAAAAGAUGAUUUUUUAAUUGCUCUUUUAGUCAACUCUAGCGUGGGUUCAUAAACUUAUUAGAACCCCUGUUUUCUGUUAGUGGAUGUGUAAACAGCAGAUGGCUGCACUACUUCCGCCUGGUCGCUAGGUGGCGUCUCUGACUGUGACGUACAUCCACCAGCUGUCGUUGUCUUCCCCAAACAGCCAAUCAGAGCUCUCGCUCCGGCAGCGACCUGGAAACAGUUGCUAUGAUGCCAGCCAGCUUCGCCGGGAGAAAACAAGUUAAUAAAAUCUGAUUUUAGACGCUUUUUUAAGGAGCUAAAACUUUUAUUUUACAGCCUAAAACUUCAACAUAUAAAAGGUGCAACACGGUCAGUGAAUCCGGAAUACAAACACACAACAAUUCUGUCGUUUAUUCGGUCGAGGUCACGGGAGAAUUAACGGAAUGUGUUGCCUCGUCUGACAGUUUGGCACUUUUUAGGGAAAUAAAAUGCUUUCUGCUCGCAGUCCUCUCUCCCGUGAAGAUGAAAACUCAGUCAGCAGUGCGAUGGACAACAUGUCCUGAACAAGAAAACACGCCACCGAGCCUGAACACGACCCGCAUCCUGGCGUCUAAAACCGCGCGAAAAAUCUUCGAUGACGCUGCG